ACCCUUUUUCCAUUUCUCCCAUUUCUUCGCCUAAAAUCGAGCCCUAAAAAUCCCUCUUUUAUUCCUUUCCUUUCCUUUCGAUCGAAGAGACCCACCGAGAGAGGGAUCACAUGUACACGGCGAGGGAAAGGCUCCAUUUCUACGCGGAUUCGGUGUGUAUUCUGUGGAUAUCUCCACCUUGUUUCGUCAGAGUCAGUGGGAGAAUUAGGGUUUGAUGCUUCUGCAUAGCCUAUGAGAUCAGAUGAGUGUGAUUUGCCAUUCUUGUAGUUCUCUAGAUUCAAUGAUGACUAACGGGUAUUUCUGUGGAAGAUGCUAUCCUUCCUUCUCUAACGGCUACGAGAAUAGGGAUGAAUCAUCUAUGAUGGAUUGCGAAUGCCAAUUUGGUUGCCGUAAAUCCUGUUUAGAUGAUUAUGCCGAGGAGUAUUUAACGAUGGAUGGCUCGAGUCCUUAUGCCACUCCUCUUCUCAGUCCAGCCUCUUCCUUUUCAAGCUACGGAAGCUGCCUAUCAACCCUAGAUGAUUUCCUUGAUGAGGAGAAUCUACAAGUCAGCUUAACAUGUUCUCAAAUCAGCAGAGAGGAUGGAAUUGAGGAGCUUGAUACUGGUCAAACUGAUUCAGACAUACAGAUCAGUGAAUGCGUGAAGGAGCAUGAAGAUGUAUCUUCAGUAACAGAUAUUAAUAUUGAGUCAUCUAAUUCUAUAGUUGACACAAAUGGCAUGAGUAUUCCUGUAUCAGCAGAAGAUAUCUUUUCAUCCAACCUGGUUCCACUGGAUGUUUCUGAAUGUGGUAAGGAUGAGAAAGUUGAAUGUCUCAAUAACAUGUUGGACACUAGUAAUGAUGAGAAAGUCGAAUAUCUUAAUAGCAUGUUGGAGCAUGAAACUGUGCCUCCAGUUACAGAUAUUAAUAUCAAGCCAUUUCAUGCUAUUAUUGAUACGAAUGGCCAUAGCUUACCCAUAUCAGCAGAAGAGAAUUUUUCAUCCAACCUGUUACCCGUUGAUGUUUCUGAAUAUGAUAAGGAUGAGAAAGUGGAAUAUCUUAAUGACAUCGUGGACACUAGUAAGGAUGAGAAAGCCGAGCAUCUUAAUAACAUGUUGGAGCAUGAAAGUGUGUCUUUGGCUACAGAUAUUGAUAAUGCCAAGCUAUCAAACCUGUUACCACUUGAUGUUUCUGAACAUGGUAAUGAUGAGAAACCCGGAUCUAUUAACGACACAUUGGACAUUGGUUGCUCUGCAAAACCAAUUGAUGAUCCAAAUAAGAUAGAGAAUUGCAACAGCAGUAUUUGCCCGCUGACUUUAUCCAACUUUGAAAUAGAUCCUCUCCUCUGGAUACCCCCUGAGCCUGCGGAUAAAGAAGACGACAUUAAAAAUAUUGCAAAUGACGAUGAUGGCUACUAUAGUGAUGGUGUAAAGUGGGGUCAUCCUAGUUUGUUUGGUGGGGUCAAUGAAGAAGGUGGAUACAAUUACAAUUCUCAAGAAGAGCGCCAAACGGCCAUGUUGGAAGCUAUGAAUGGGCAAUUUAAGAUUCUUGUAGGUCGGCUUUUGGCAUCGGAGGGUAUUUUUAACUCGGAAAGUGAUGGUGGCGAGAGUUGGCUUGAUAUCGUCGCUUCUUUAUCAUGGGAAGCUGCACUGCUUGUACAACCUGAUGGUAGCGAGGGGAAGGAAAUGGAUCCUUGUUCUUAUGUGAAGGUGAAAUGCAUUGCAUCUGGUACUCGCAGGCAAAGUGAGGUGAUCAAGGGUUUAGUUUUCAAGAAGAAUGCCGCACAUAAGCACAUGCCAACCAAGUUCAAAAACCCUAGACUGCUAUUCCUUCGAGGAGUCUUUGGGCACUCUGCAUCUGGUUUUUCAUCAUUCAAUUCAAUGGAACAGGAAAAGGGCCAUUUUGAGAAAUCUAUUGUUAAAAUGAUGGAAAUGUGCCAGCCAAAUGUUGUGCUGGUAGAGAAAGCUGUUUCACGAGACAUUCAAGAAUUUCUUCUAAAACAAGGAGUUACACUGGUUCUUGACAUGAAGCUCCACAGAUUGGAGAGAAUAGCUCGCUGUACUGGUUCUCCUGUUAUUUCAUUCUCUGAUGUUCUAACAAACCCUAAGCUGAAGCAGUGUGAGUUCUUCCAUGUUGAGAGAUUUGUUGAAGAACAUAAUGGUGUCGGCGAAGGUGCAAAGAGGCCAUCCAAAACUCUGAUGUUUUUAGAGGGUUUACCGAAACCUUUGGGGUGCACAAUAUUGCUAAAAGGAGCGACUAGUGAGGAACUGAAGAAGAUUAAGAAUGUGAUGCAGUAUGCUGUCUUCGCAGCAUAUCAUUUGAUUCUUGAAACUUCAUUCUUUGCGGAUCAAAGGGUAUUUCUUACUGAGAUGAAUGCUGUUAGAGAAGAGAAGUCUGUUAAUGUUAAAAACGAGGCUUUGCCUCUUUGUGACAACGCUCUUAGUUCUAAAGUUCCUAAUUCUUCAAUGCUAUCAACAGUCUCAGAAGGCUUUACCUCAUCAUGCAAUGGUUUUAAUGUGCUUGGCACUCAGAGCAUUGAUCUUCCUGUUACUUUAUCUCCAGAGUCAAUUGAUAGUCGGCCAGUAGCAAACAUCAAAGGAAAACAAGAUAAUAAACCCAUUUUUGAUGAAAAAGCAGAAAAGGUUUCAGAUGCCUCUGAAAUAAUUGGGUUUCAUGGUGUUGAUCAUAAUGUAUUUGUCCCAAAGAGUAUAUUGAUUUUGGUCUCUAGCCAAUGCACCACGAAAGAGUCUGUUUGCGAGCAGAACCAUAUUUCCCGUAUUACGUGCUAUGGAAAUUCUGAUGUGCCACUAGGGCGAUAUUUGCAAGAAAUUUUACUUAAUCAGAAACAUAGGUGCUCCUCAUGUGGCGAGCCCCCAGAGUCUCAUGUGUACUCUUACACCCACCAUAAUGGAAGUCUCACCGUUCGUGUUCAGAGCCUUCCUCCAAAAUUGCAUUUAUCUGGUGAAGGUAAAGGAAAGAUUUGGAUGUGGACCCAAUGUUUACGGUGUGCGUGUGAAGGUCGUGGGAUCGCAGGGUCCAGCCAAAGGGUAGUAAUUUCUCGUUCGGCGCGUAAUCUUUCCUUUGGGAAGUUCUUGGGACUCAGUUUUUCAAGCGAUUCUGCUGCUAGAAGGUUAUCUAAGUGUGGGCAUUCAUUGCAUAGGGACUGUCUACGCUUUUUUGGAUUAGGGUCAAGAGUUGCUAUCUUCAGAUACUCAUCAGUUGAAAUCUAUGCUGCUUGUAAGCCACCUCCGACCCUCGAGUUCCCCAACUCCAAUGGAGAAGACUGGCUUAAGAAAGAACAGAAAAAUGUUCUUUCUAGAGUAGACCUGCUUUUUUCCGAGAUAGCAAAUUUGCUUCAAAACUUGAGGAUUAAGUAUCCCAGUGUUCUCUCAAAAUGUUGCAAUUCAGUGUUUAUCAAUGGAUUUACCCUGGUUGAAGAGAUGUUGAUGCAGGAAAAGAGAGACUUUGAGGAUCAGGAUUCUUUGCUGAAUGUUAUUGAUCAUAGUGGUAAACAAGGUAUCAUCCACAUCAUACUUGUCUUAAAUUGGCUCUACCAGGAGCUGCUUCUUUGGCUUUAUGUUUGGGACCAUCGAUUGGAUCAUAUUCUGCAGUGUAAACAAGUUGAACAGGAAAAGGACAUUGUUUCGUCCAAUGGUAUUGUUAAACAAAAUAUGCUUGAAGAUGAUCAUAAAAUUUCUGAGGAUUCCAACGAAUUAAUUAUGGAUGUCAAUAGAUCCCCCUUUUCUAAGAGUUACUCUCAUCCCGAACAUGAGCAAACUGUGCUAGAAAUGGUGCUCGGUCAAAUUAAUGGAGAUUUUGGCAACAGAUUUCAUAGUCUUCAUGAUGAUGACUACGGUGAAAAUGACCAUGAAGGGACCAUUCCUGUUUCCAAUGGUAUGCAGUUAGACACCUCUACCCAAGAUACCAAAGAUGGUCUUCUUGAAAAACCAACUGAUAUCAAAGUCCAAAAUGAUGAGAAGGUCAGCUCCGAUGAAACAUAUCCUGUUCGUUCAAAUGCAGCUCAAGAUUUGUGCAAUGCGAAAUUGGAAGAUACAGAAAAUUGGUUUUGGGCUCCAUUUUCUAGGUUGAAAAUGACAUACAGAAAUGAUAUUCAAUGUGGUUCUCUUGAGAAGUUUCAUCUUAUCAAUAACUACACCCCAUCUCAUCUUUCUCCAGUUUUUCAACUAUCUACGGAGAAAUAUACUGUAUGCUCUGGGGGAAAUGUUUUGUCCGUCUCCGAGGAUGAAAUCUCUAGCAUAAUUGCUCUUGCAUUAGCCACAGAGCCUAACAAAUCAAUGGGAUCUGUUGAUUCUGAGACAAACCAUUCAGCGAGCAUCGCCUCAUCGCUUUCUGCUGAUGAAUUAUCUUCCUUUUUUGAUUCUGACGGUUUAUCUCCAUUAACUUUGCAAGGAAUGCGUCCUGAAAUUUUUAUUGACACUGCAAAAAUUGGUCUGAAGAGUAAAUGUUCGGUUGUUUGUAUAUAUGCAAAGCAGUUCUAUGCUCUUCGAAAGAAGUGUUGUCCAUCAGAACUUGCCUACAUAUCUUCCUUAAGCCGAUGCAAGAAGUGGGAUGCUCAAGGUGGAAAAAGUAAGGCUUUAUUUGCCAAGUCGUUGGAUGAGAGGCUUAUCAUAAAGCAAAUCAAGAAGGCAGAAUUCGACUCAUUUUUGAAGUUUGGGCCUGAUUAUUUCAAGUACAUAUCCUCUUUAGAGUCAGGAAGUCAAACAUGCCUUGCUAGAAUCCUGGGAAUAUAUCAGGUUAAGCAAAUUAAAAAUGGCAAAGAAAUGAAAAUUGAUCUGCUGGUGAUGGAAAAUCUUUUCUUUGGGCAUAACAUUUCACGCACGUAUGAUCUUAAGGGCGCCGUUUUCUCCCGUCAUAUUUCAGAUUCAGAUGAACGUGGAAAAGUACUUUUGGAUCAAAACUUUAUUGAGGAUAUGCGUAAAUCUCCCAUUUACAUCAGUGGAAAAACGAAGCAUCUUCUGCAGCGUGCCAUUUGGAAUGAUACUCAUUUUCUUAAUUUGUGUAAUGUAAUGGAUUACUCUUUACUUGUGGGAGUGGACAAGGAGCGGAAAGAACUUGUAUUUGGAAUCAUAGAUUACCUGAGGCAAUAUACUUGGGAUAAACAGCUCGAGACUUGGGUGAAAGCUUCUCUUGUGGUUCCUAAGAAUGAACUGCCAACUGUGAUUUCCCCUAAAGAAUACAAGAAAAGGUUUAGGGCCUUUAUGUCAAAACACUUCCUGAGUGUUCCAGAUAGCAGUUCACUUGAAGUCUAUGAGAAGCAGCAAGAAAAGCCAAUUGAGGAGUAAUCACUGUAACAGUUUUCGCCGAACAUAUUUGUUCCUAUAUCAAAAAUAGUGUGGUUGUUCUGCGGGUUGUAUAUAGGAGCACCUCACUCGUAUGGUUCUCUGAUAUUUGUCAGUUUUUAGCAAAUUAUUGGGGAGAGUGAGGUCUACAAAUGGCUUUGUUUGUUAAAUUAUUCUUUGUCAAGUUACAGUGAGUGCAGAAAAUCAAAGCAUAAAUAGUAGUGCGAUUUUGAGAAUUUGCAUUAAGGUUUCCCCUGCCCUUUGUUAUCAUAUAUUGGUACUCUUGAGUGAUUAUUGAUUGACGGAAGCAGUUCCGCUUUUACA